AUGGAAAUGCUACUGUUUUGUGUCUGGGCCCUGCUGGCUUUGAACCCUGGCCCAGGAGCAGCUGAAGAGAUAUUUGAGGUUUCCAUUUGGCCAGAUCAGGCCCUGGUAAAGCUUGGACAGUCCCUAAUGAUCAACUGCAGCACUACCUGUCCAGACCCAGGACCCGGUGGAAUUGAGACUUACUUAAAGAAAACCCAGGUGGACAAAGGACCUCAGUGGAAGGAGUUUCUUCUGGAGGAUGUCACAGAGAAUUCUGUUCUGCAGUGCUUCUUCUCUUGUGCAGGGAUCCAAAAGGACACAAGCCUUGACAUCACUGUGUAUCAGCCACCCGAGCAGGUGAUCCUGGAGCUGCAGCCUGCAUGGGUAGCCAUGGAUGAAGCCUUCACAGUGAAGUGCCAUGUGCCCAGUGUAGCACCCCUGGAGAACCUCACCCUUACCCUUCUCCAGGGUAACCAGGAACUACACAGAAAGGACUUUAUGAACUUGGCUGUGGCCUCCCAAAGAGCUGAGAUCACCAUCAAGGUCAAAGCCCAAAGGGAAGAUGAUAGGUGCAAUUUCUCCUGCCGUGCAGAACUGGACUUGAGUUCACAUGGUGGAGGGCUCUUUCACAGUAGCUCAGCCAUCAAGGUACUCCGGAUCUUUGAAUUCUCUGAGAGUCCCCAAAUCUGGGUCUCCUCACUUUUGGAGAUUGGGAUGGCAGAGGCUGUGAGCUGCGAGUUGGCUAGGGUGUUCCCCGCCAGAGAGGUAAUGUUCCACAUGUUCCUGGGAGACCAAGAGCUGAGCCUGUUUGUCUCCUGGAAGGGAGACACAGCAUGGGCCAAUGCCACAGUCCGGGCCAUGGAGACUGGUGAUCAGGAGCUGUCUUGCCUUGUAUCUCUGGGUCCAAUGGAACAGAAAACAAGAGAGCCAGUGCAUGUCUAUAGCUUCCCUCCACCAAUCCUAGAGAUAGAAGAAUUAUACCCAUUGGCAGGGACAGACAUUAAUGUGACCUGUUUGGGGCAUGUGUUAACAUCACCCAGCCCUACUCUUCGGCUUAAGGGAGCCCCAGAUCUCCCUGCCCCUGGGGAACCUGCCUGGCUUUUACUUACCACCAGGGAGGAAGAUAACGGCCGAAAUUUCUCCUGUGAGGCCUCUUUGGAGGUUCAGGGUCAGCGGUUGAGCAAAACCACUGCGGUCCAGCUCCAUGUCUUAUACAAGCCCCGGUUAGAGGAAUCUGACUGCCCUGGCAACCAGACGUGGGUGAAAGGGACAGAGCAGCUGCUUGCCUGCGUCCCAAAGGGAAACCCAGCUCCAACCUUGGUGUGUACCUGGAAUGGAGUGAUAUUCAACUUUGAAGUGCCACGGAAAGCAACCCAGAACCACACAGGAACCUACUGCUGCACAGCCUCUAACCAACUGGGCUCUGUCAGCAAAGACAUUGCUGUCAUCGUUCGAGGACUGGAUGAAGGAAUCAGCUCCACCAUCUUUGUCAUCAUUAUUGUCGCUCUUGGAGUGGGUGUAAUCACCAUAGCACUGUAUUUGAACUACCGGCCUUGCAAAAUAGAGAGGCGGAAAUUGCCCUAUAGGCAGAAAGAGAAGAACAAAGAGGAGGAAAGCCAGUUUGCUGUUCAGCAAGCAGAAAAAUGCAAUGCACAUAAUUGUUAAAUGGAAACAGCUAUUUGAAAGCAACCUCUACUCCUGGGGUUUCCUAAGGGAGGAAAGUGGGGGAGGAAAAAGGAAGAGACAUUACCCUUUGUGUUCUACAGUCCCAUAAAACAGUGUUUCAGACCCCCAUGUCCCUUGUAUCUCAUCCAUCCACAAGCUCAGCUCCUCUGAGUUCAUUCUAGUCACCAGAAUUUCAGUCUCAGUGUCCAGCUAGUGAGAGGGCCUCUUGCUUCUUACUGUGUGCUGAAUCAGUCCGCUCACUCCCAAAAGAAAGCCCUUUGCUUUCAACAUCAGACUGAAGAGAUAGAAAUAUCUCAGAAAUGCAACUCAUUUCUCAUGGUUUCUUCAUGACUAAGUGGGAACCAGUUUUUUAGUCCACAGAGGACUUCAAAGGGAGUACCAAACAAAGAGAUAGGAAUCAGAACCUAUUCCUACCUACACAUUCCCCUGAUCCCCUAACCUGAGGUUCUGGAGUGCCGGCUCCCAGAGCUGAGUUUGAUGACACCAUUAGGGGUCAGUAGCUGGCUUCAACUCACUAGAGGAGUGUAAAAGU